AUGGGCAUUCGUUAAACUCAAAAUUCUCGGAGGGAUAAAUCCUUAUACUCUCUACUCAGUUAAGUGAUAAUGCUGCUCCGACGACUGCCUUCCACCGCUGUUUCCCUCGCAACCGCCGCUCUAUCCCGGCGUUACACUUCUUACUUGUUCUCCUCUCAGCGAGGCCUUCAAUCCUUCAAUUCCAUCUCCUUUUGCUCGUCCUCCGAAAUAUCACCGGAAUUUACCGACUUAAUCGCCGAUCAGUCCUCCAAACGCGGACCUCUCAAACCUGGACUGUAUCUCGUCGGAACACCUAUUGGAAACCUUGAAGAUAUAACUUUACGUGCUCUACGGGUGUUGAAAUCAGCUGAUGUCAUACUAUCGGAGGACACGCGACAUUCUGGGAAGUUACUUCACUAUUACAACAUCAAAACACCUCUUCUAAGUUACCACAAAUAUAAUGAAUCUCAAAGAGAACACACAGUUUUAAAGAGGUUAAAGCAAGGGGAGAUUGUAGCCUUGAUCAGUGAUGCUGGAAUGCCUGGCAUUAGUGAUCCUGGUACGGAACUGGCAAAGAUAUGUGUGGAUGAAAACAUUCCUGUGAUUCCAAUUCCUGGACCAUCUGCCUUCUUAACUGCGCUUUCUGCCUCUGGGUUGUCCACUGAUGAAUUCACAUUUGUUGGAUUUCUUCCGAAACAUGCUGGUUCACGGAAGGAGAGGUUGGUUGCUUCUGCAAGUGAAACAACAACGCAAAUCUUCUAUGUUCCUCCUCACAAACUUGGCCAGUUUCUUGAAGAAAGUUCCCUGAUUUUUGGUGACUCAAGACAAUGUGUCAUAGCUCGGGAACUAACAAAAAUUCACGAAGAGUUCUGGCGGGGCACUCUAGGGACAGCAAAGGAAGCCUUCUCAACUCGCCAGCCAAAGGGAGAAAUUACCCUCUUGAUUGAGGGCAAUUCAAAUUCCAGCGUGGAAACUCCGUCAGAGAGUCAGUUAGAAAAUGACCUGAGAGAAUUGAUCUCCAAUGGCCAUAGUCUUUCUUCGGCAGUCAAAUUGGUGGCCGAAGGAACAUCGAUGAAAAAGAAAAGAAUAUAUUCACUCGCCUUGAGAAAAUUCGUGAAGAAAACCAAAGCAGACGAUUCAGAUUAAUAUCAAGCAUGCUUGUGACAUUAUAUCCUCGCUGCUUCUAACUCAUACCGGGGAUAUCCAGUGCUAGGUUAUUCUCCCUUUCACCCUCAUUUUCGGAUGUCGAGGGUCGCCAUGGUAAGCCCCAAAGUUAAAAACAAAGUAGUUUACAACCCUUGUAAUUUACAUGUCGAGGUGCAUGCUAGUUUACAUGGGCAUGCCAUAUCAAUGUUAAAGCAGUAAUUCAUAGAUUUAGUACUAUUGGUUUGCCCAAGUUUAAUUGGCAUGUCGCUGAUUUCAUCUCUGGAAUUUACCAUUCAUCUGAAUUUACCAGUUCACUUAUGGUAAUUGCCAUUUCUUGUUUCUAUUUUCAUGUCAUAAUGGUACUUAAGGUAUUAUAUUUAUAUUUUUUUUCUCGCGAUUUGUUAUUAUAUCUUAUUUGAAAUUAUCAUUGAAAUUGUUAGGUGGAUCCCCAAAAUUUUUCACCAAUUGCUUAGGUUUAUGUAUGAUACCAGCUCAAAUAUACAUGUACUUUUACCUUCUAGUAAAAGUAUCAUAGAGAUUUCUGUACUAAGAGGCGGAUUGUAUUUUACUUUAGAUCAAAGAGCAAACUCGUUCUUCUAUUAUAAAUUUCAUCUAUUUCUGCUGUUAAAAAUUGAUUCUUGUACGUCAGCAUGAGUUACACGUGGUAUGUCACAUGUCACUGUUUGAUUAUUUCGUCAGCCACGCCAGUUUUUAACAGUACAAAAUGAUGAAAUUUUAAUUUACUCUUUGGUGUAAUGUAUAGAAAUUAAUUUGUCCACUUUAAUUUUUCUGUUUUUUAUUGUGGCGAACUAUGACCGUGUCACAAUGUAACAUUUCUUUUUUGUUGAGUAUAAGACAACCUACUAUAGCCAAGCUGGGGAAGUAGGCAAGCAGCUAGCGGCCUUGGCCUCUUUGAAUAAAUAGUGUCCCCAGCAGGAAAAUCAUGGGAUAACACAAAACAAAGAUUCUUGAAGAUCUUACUACUCUUUAGUCUGUAUCAUAUGUAAAACCAUUAAAAACUGCAUCUUUUUUUACAGCUGAUUUUAGUUUUGUGAAUAUAACAAACAACAUUUGAAAAGCUUUAUCUUCUUUAGAGAAUUGAUUUGAUUGGACGAGAUGUAAUGUGAUUAAUAAAUAUUUUACUUUGUUUAUGCCAUUUUGUAUUUACAUAAAGAACUAGUGGUAUUUUCCUAAGUCAGUACGUUAAAAAUCUAUUGGUUCUCUAGCUUUUUGUUUAAUUGGUAUCGGUGUGUCCAUCACCAUGAAGCCAUCUUGGAAGAGGAAAGAAAGGUGGGAGUGAAAAUGUUUUGACCCGAGGCCAAAAUGUGCCUCGGGUCAAAUUUCAUUUUCAUUCGUUGAAACCGAUCCCAUUUAC